AUGGCCGUGGCCGGGGCGAGGAGCGCGGGGCUUCCCGCAGGUUUCCCGCCGGGGAUCGCCAUGUCCUUCGCGACGGGCAACUGCUCGGGCAACGGCACGGGCGGCAGCCCCGAGGGCGGCAAGCCGCCCACCAUCCCCACCGUCAUGUUCAUCUUCGGCGUGGUGGGCAACCUCAUCGCCAUCGUGGUGCUGCGCAAGUCCCGCAAGGAGCAGAAGGAGACCACCUUCUACACGCUGGUGUGCGGGCUGACCAUCACCGACCUGCUGGGCACCUGCCUCGUCAGCCCCGUCACCAUCGCCACCUACCUGCAGAACCAGUGGCCCGGGGGGGCGGCCCUGUGCGAGUACAGCUCCUUCAUCCUCCUCUUCUUCGGCCUGUCGGGCCUCAGCAUCAUCUGCGCCAUGUCCAUCGAGAGGUACCUGGCCAUCAACCAUGCUUAUUUCUACAACCACUAUGUGGAUAAGAAGCUGGCGGGGCUCACGCUCUUCGCCAUCUAUGUUUCCAACGUGCUGUUCUGCGCCCUGCCCAGCAUGGGGCUGGGCAAAUCCACCCUGCAGUACCCCUGCACUUGGUGUUUCAUAGACUGGCGGACCAAGGUGGCCACCCACGCCGCCUUCUCCUACAUGUACGCUGGCUUUAGCUCUUUUCUCAUCAUGGUCACUGUGGUCUGCAACAUCCUGGUGUGCGUGGCCCUGAUUCGUAUGCACCGCCAGUUCAUGCGCCGCACCUCCCUGGGGACAGACAACACGGCCAGCCGCUUGUCCGACGUUCGCCGGCACAGGAGUUUUCGUCGCAUGGCUGGAGCAGAGAUCCAGAUGGUCAUUUUGCUUAUUGCAACCUCUCUGGUAGUGCUCAUCUGCUCCAUUCCUUUGGUGGUACGAAUCUUUGUGAACCAGCUGUACCAGCCUCUGCUGGUGAAGGAUGUCAAGCAAAAUCCUGACCUGCAGGCCAUCCGUAUUGCCGCAGUGAACCCCAUCCUGGAUCCUUGGGUCUACAUCCUCCUGCGCAAGACGGUGCUCAGCAAAGCCAUAGAGAAGAUCAAAUGCCUCUUCUGUCGUAUUGGAGGGGCUCGGAGGCAGCACUCUGGGAGCAAUUUCAACUGCGUAGAUGGCCGCAGAGCUUCCUCUGCUGUGUCCACCCACUCGCCCUCCUUCAUCUCCCGAGAGCUGAGAGAGAUCAGUAGCACCUCACAGACGCUACUCUAUCCUCCAGAGCUAAAUGAAAGCAAUGUUGCAGGACGUGUGCUACUGCCAGGGGCAAACACUAGUCUGGCUCAGUGUGACACUACAUCAGUGAGGACAUUACGUAGCUCAGAGACCUCAGAUUCUUCUCAGGGGCAGGACUCCGAGAGUGUCUUUUUAGUCAAGUCUGGUGCAGGGGCCAGCGCUGCAUCCAAGGGCAGCUCUCUCCAGGUCACGUUCCCCACUGAAACAUUGAACUUAUCAGAGAAGUGUAUAUAGUAAUGAAUGGAAACGGAGAAAGAUCCUUCCAGGUACUUUGGAAAAAACUGGUGCAAUACAUAGGCAUGCUACCUACUGAAGGCAUGAGGGGUUCAGCUAUGCUCUGAAGGGCUAUUUUUCUCUUGCCAUGUGAUGGGUACAAUUCUUCCAGACUACUGAGGAUUACACAUAGGAACAGUUGUUGCAAUCAGACCGUGGUAUUAUAAAACAUAAUGGGUUUGGAAAUAUAAAUUGCCUCGUCUUGCCUUGCUCUGACACAGGAUUGCUGCUGGGACUCUAGAGCUAGAAAGAACCAUCGCUGUUUUAAUCCAAAUCUGGUGGAAAUGUAUUUUCUCUUCCAUUCAACUCUUUAAGGGUUUACAGUUCUGGUACUAGAACUAAAGGUGGGGCAAUUACUGGGAACUGGGAAGAGAAACUAUGACAACUGCCUUGCUGAGGAUUUUAAAGCGUCUCACUAAAGUGUGAAAAUGUGAAUUUUUAUUGCUGUAUAUAUCAUGAUCGAGAAUAUUUAAAAGUCUAUUCUUCUCUGUGAGAAGGUUUAUUAUUAAUACAAGGUAUAUAUAAAGUUGCUAGACUUCUUUUCCUCCCAAUAUUGCCUGCUAAUGAAAAGACUUUGCAUUAGGUUUGUUUUAUAUACAAAUUCACAGGCUGUUAGAGAACAACUUUUCCAGAUGGGAGAAAAUAAAAACUUUGAGUUAAAAAUGGGAACAUUUGUGCUAUUAGGGGAGAAAAGAGAGCACACUUUUUAGUUUAAAAUAUUCUUUUCCUAUGUAUGUACAUACUAAAAAGCCAGAUUUUAUUUAUGUGCUGUGAAAGUUUAUCUGUAGAACACAGUUGUUCCAAUCUAAGUGCUAAGGCCCAAUUCCUGUGCACUUUUACACACGUACUUAAUAUUACUCACUUGAGUAGUCCAGUAAAAGUCAAUGGGACUUCUCAUAGGAGUAAAAAAUAAGCACUUGCAUUUGUGUUUUUUGGGAUCAGGGCCUAAGACUUUCAAAUCCUGGUUAAUUUUCUUAAUAAUCGUUUUAGUUAAAACAUCACUGAUAUACAACAGGUAUUGUCAUGUAACAUUUUAUCAUUUUACUUCAAAUGAGUAAAUAGAAGCUUACAACUAUAAUCUGAUCUUCUGUCAGACACACAAAACAAAUGAAAGAGAAUCUUCCUUACAAAAAAUAAAGGUCAUACAUACCCAUGCCCUAUAGCAGGGGUGGGCAAAAUGUGGCCUGUGGGGUGGAUGCAGCCCGCCAGGCCAUUCUAUCCAACCCGCAGGGCCCCUAAACAAUUUAGAAAAUUAAUAUUUCUCUUGCCCUGACUGCCCGUCAUGUGGCCCUCGAUUUGCUUGCUGAAACUCAGUAAGCAACCCUCCACCCAAAAUAAUUGCCCACCCCUGCCCUAUAGUCAGAUGCCCCCUGAGCAUUAUUUACCCCUAAAAUUUAAGGGACAAACACGUUACUAAAAUUAACCAUUAGUCAGAGCUGAAAAGAAAUUCGUGUGUAUUUAUUUUUUAAAAGUUAGAUCUUGUUCCAGAAGCUUUGUUGUAUCAAACAUUAAUUCUGUACAGGUAUUUGGAGGAUAUUUUUGUCAAAGACAUACUAAGCAUGUUAUGUUGCUUAAAGUGUUUUCAUGUGAAAUGCUUUAUUGUAAUUAAAAUCCUGAGCCUAAGAUUGAUGAUAUGUUUAAGAAGCAGUUGUAUUGACCAAAAAUUGUUGGGAGAUUGCAAUUAAAUGGAGACAUUCCGCUUCCUUUCA